AUGAUUGAAAAUUUAGAUUUGAGUGAUAUACCUGCUGAGCAUGAAUUGAGUAAUUUAUCAAAAUAAUCUUCUCUAAGGUAGCUCCAUGAUCAGACAUAAAAUAUAAAUGGGACUUUAAAUAGUUAACAAUUUGCAUAACAAUAGCAAUUGAUUCCUAUAAUGAAUUAGUCAGCAUCCAAAAAGCUAUCACCAAAUAAUUAUAACAAUACUUCUUAGGGAUAAAUAGUAAGCCCAUAUAUAAUGCAAAGUCCAUCAAAUUAAAACUCAAAUGCUCCCUUACCUCCAAAUUUUAAAAGAGAAAAUGCAAAUAAUACUCAUGUAUUGAAACGUAGUAGAUAGCCUAUUUUUUCUGCUCCUUAUUAAUCAAAUUCUUUAUCUAGAAAUUAAAGUCCAUCCUAGCAUGUUUACGUCCAGCAUAACACAAGUAGUGGAAGCUUAAGUGGCACAAAAAAUAAUCCUAUUUUUCCAAGUGGAAACUAAAAUUCAAGUUUAAAUUAAAUAAAAACCGAUAGUUUUCAUACAUGUGCUGAAUAAUCUAAUAACUUUUCAUAAUACUAACAUCAAAAUAGUCUUUUGUUUAGAAAAAUUAAUGAGUAAAACUAGCCAGCACCUUUGCAAUCACCUUAUUUAAAUUUAGACAAAUAGGAUUCUGAAAGUUUCUUAAGCGUGAAUAGCAAUUAAAAUAUCAACAUACCAAAUCAAAAUCAAACUUAAAACACAAAUUUACAUUAAAUUACUCGUCGUAUUUUUUCUAGCACCACACCUAGCUAGCCAUUAUAAAAAUUAUCUCCCAAAAAGAAUCAACAAUUCGAGUCUCCCGAUAUUCAAAGUAUAGAGAGCAAAUAAUUAGGACAAGAUACGGGAGUCUAAAUGCAUGAUCUCAGAUCAGAAAUGAUGAAAUAUGCUGAGUGCUUUUUUGAAAGUCUGAAGAGAGAUGUUUAAGAUAACUCUAUUAAGAUUUAAGAAGUAGAAUAAACAGUUUUAGACCAUCAAACAGACUUAAGAAAUAAAUAUUUAGAUGAAAAUAGAGUAAAGGCUAAACCCACUAAGGUUGAUAAUGCUUUGAUUUAAAAUUAUGUAGAAUAAGUCGUCAGCUAAAUUUUGAAAAGAUUCGAAUUAAAUAACAAAGAUCUUUAAGAAUAAAUAUAAAGUAUUAAAAAAGAUGUAAAAGUAAAACUGGAUUAAUCAUUUUCGGAGGCUCUGAGAGGCAGAGCAGCCAAUACAAUGAUAGAAAAUAAAUUAGAUAUUUUGAAAUCUGAUCUAGAAGUUAAUUAGAGAUAAAAAAUAGAAGUACUCACUGCUAGAUGCUUGUAGUUAGAAAGUAAUUAUUAAAAUUCAUAAUUAUUCGAAGAUUUAAAUGAAUUCGCAAGAAACAGAGCUAAUAUCUAUGAAAAUAAACUUUUAAAUUUAGAAAAUCUUUUAAACUAGUUUAAAAAAUCAAUAAAUGAAAAAAUAAAUAUUGGAGAUAUAAAAGGACAAUUUAAGGAAAUUGUAGACUAAAAAGCAUAAUAGAUUCAGGACUAAAUAGACGAAUUGAAGCUCUUACCACAAUUUUCUAAUAAUACCAUAUAAUUCAAAAAUGAUUCUGAUCUCAAACUAAAGCAGUUGGAGAGAAAUUUAAAUGAAAAGCUUUAUUCUUUAGACGCAGAAUAAAAGUUGUUGAUAAAUACUAAGCCAGAUUUUGAAAGAUAAAACAAACUAGAUGAAAAAAUAAUGCGAUUCAAUUAGGAUAUGAAAGUCCUUUAAAAUUGGUACAUGAAGUUAAAUUAAGACUUCUCAAAAAUAAGAGUAAAUAAUGAGUCUAAUGAGAAACUGCUAAAGUAGUUUGAAGAGAUUAAUGAAAGAAUUAAUGUUCUAAAUAAUUAAUAAAAUCGAAUUUUGAACUCUGAAUUCAAAUAUGAAUCUAAUGAGCUUGAAGGCAUCUAUAAUUCAUUAUAAAAAUUGGCAAAAAAUCUUCAUCAAAUAGAUGAAUACAAAAAAUAAAAAUUUGAUUUACUUGAGAAAAAACUCAACUCUUCUAAGGAAGAAAUGGACAAAAAAAUAUAAAAUUUAAUUUAAUAAAUUAACCUCAAUAAGCAGCCUUUAUCUACUUUAUCUAGCCUUCCUGGAAUCAAAAUAAAAAUAAAGUAACCUGAUUCGUCUCAAAAAUAAAAAUCUCUUCCUUCAACUGAUAGUAAUUUGACUAUAUACUAAACUAAUAACUCUACUUAAAAAUCAGUUAGCAAUACAAUUUAUACUUAAGGGUUGAUAGAAAAUGCAUAAUUCAGCUCAGAAAAUUACUCAAAAUAAAAUAGUGUUGUAAGUUCUGCUAACAACUCUUAUGUUUACAACUAAAAAUAAUAACCUUUUGUUCAUCCACCUUCACGUGCUCCUCUUCAAAUAACUUAAAUGUCUUCUACAGAGACAGGUCCAUUAUUUGAAAAAACAAAGAAUGCGAUAUUAAAUAGUUAAAAAGAUGGUAUAUCUGAUGAGUAAAUUUUAAUAAACUCAAACAAGCAUUUGAGUACAAAAUUCUCAUAAAAUAUUUCUAAGCAGAUUACUUCUCCAGAUUCUUCUUCUUAAAAGUAAAAUAGCGAGUUAAGGCCUACUCAUAACAAAUUCUCUGAAUAAUUUAAUGAUGAUGAUGAAGAUUUUGAAGAGUUUGAACCCUAAAAGGUUUAGAAAAUUUUCCUAAAUGCUGAGAGUUCUGAAGGGGAGGAAGAAGAUAUUUAAAAAAUGAAAAACAGCACUCUUAAAAAGUAAAAUACAGAUUAAUAAAAAUAAUUAUAAUAAAAAUACAAUGAUCAGGGACUUUAAUAAUAAGGAGCAAAUAAUAAAAUAAGCUAAUAUUCUCUUGAAAAAAAUAGAUUUUAAACAUAUUCAAUUCCAUUUGAUGGUAAUGAAAUUGUAAGUGAAAAUAUUAAUAAUCCACUAGAGAACAAAUUAAAACAAUCAAGAAGCGAUGAGCUUGAUUACAACAUUGGAUAGAAGACUCUUUAAGAUUAACUUAACAAAAUCUCUAAUAAGUAAUUAUUCAUGAAUCAAGAUAAUUAAUUUAUUUAAAAGUCUGGGGUAAGCAAUGACAGCGAUCCUAUAAACUUUGAUUUCGUUGAUGGAUGUCAAAAAAGUAGCAUUUCAUCAAGAUCAUCAAAUGCAACUACUCCUUUUAACAGAAUUCCAUAACAUUAAAAUUAGUAAUAAGAUUAGAAUAAUAAUGGAUAUAAUAUUUAGAAUAGUAAUCUCUUGACUGUUCCUCAAAAUAUUCAGAGAUCAAGAUAAAGCUCUACAGGAAGCAAUUAUAAUAUAAAUAAUAAAAUCGAAAAUCCUUAUUUGGAUUAUAAUAGUUUUUAACAAAUUAAUCAGUAGUUGAAAUAAUAAGAGUUAUUUAUAAAAUAACACAAAGAAUCAACUCUUCCUAAUUUAAUGGAAGGAAACUCAAACUACUAAAGUCUAUCUAAAAUUGGCUAAUCGUCUCAAUAAACUCCAUAAUUUAAUCAAUAACUAGGAUUUAAUAGCUAAAAGUAGUAAGAAUAAAAAAAUAAAAGCGAUUCCUCAUUUGCAACACCUGCUGGCAGUCUGAACAACAGUUAUGAAAUUGAUUAAGAUAAAAAUUAACAAUAAAAUGUGCCAUAAUAGAUUUAGUAAAGUAAUCAUAAUAAGUUAUAAAAAAGCUAGAUUUUUAAGUCGUAAAAUCAUGAUUUAAAAAACUUAAAGAAUUCAUAAAAUAUAAAAACUCCAGAUUAAUCAUAAAAUUUAGAAGAUUUGCUUGAUUAAUUUGAAGACUUUAACGAACACAAUAUUGAUGCCAUGAGUAGCAGCGGCGAAUUUUAUGAGAAUGAUGAUGAAGGAGAUGAAGAAAUGUAUUCUUAAUAGAACUCUACACCGAAUAGCAAAUUCAAGUAAACACAAGGCCUUUCAACUUUAAAAAACAUCUAGCUGAACCAAAUUAAUGAAGAAGAUAAUGAAGAGGAAUGCAGUAAUCUAGGAUUUUCUUAUGCAAAUUAAAACAAAAUCAGUAUAAAUUCAUAAAAAAAUAACAUAAGAGAGUCUGAUUAACUAUCAUCAAGUAAGUUGAAGAACUCAACUAACUUAUAAGAAUGCAUCGAUGUGCUUAACUCAGUUAAAAUGCAAAAUAACAUAUAUAAAAUUAUAGACUAAAUAACAAGAUUAUUAGAAUUGAAAAAUGAAAAGAAACUUAGAUGCUAUAGAGAUGAAGUUGGUUACUUAAAAGAUGCAAAUGGUUUUUAUAUAUUCGAUACUGAAGGAAGGAUGAUUAAAACCGACAAAGAUACUAUUAAUUUCAUAAAAACUGAUAAACUUUAUAAAUUAAAUAACUUUGAUUAAAUUAAAAAUAAAAUGGAAGAAAGAGAAUAAUAAAUGUAUCUUGAUAUAUCUCAAAAAAUAGUAGCUUAGAUUAAAAAUAAAAAGAUUUUUAACACAGACAAUAUAUUAGAGAUAUUUUAUUUACUAAAGAAUUCAAAAUAUCUUUUUAGACAGUAUGAUUAUAUAGAAGAUAACCAAACUUAUAUAACUUUUUAAGCUACUUGUGAAGAGGAAUCAACUUUAUUUGCUCUUCAGAUUUUUAAAUAUUUAAAAUAAGAUGAAAAUUUUGCUGAAAAAAGUAAUCCAGAAAUAAAUUACGAGAGGAAAAAAUUAAUUAAAGAAGAAAUAAAAGAUAAAAACUACUGGAUUAAUGUUUAUCAUCUCAACUAAUUUAUAGAUACAAAAAUUUACUAUGAAGAAGAUCUAAAUGAUUUAGACGAAGCUAAGUUUAGUGCAAUAAAAUCUAUAAAUCUUGAACAAAAUAAAAAUAAGUAAGAGGAUAAAAAGAUAGUCAAUCAAUUAAAAUAAUAUUUUACAAACAUUUAAAGUAUUCGAGUUGGUUAUAAAUAUGACGAUAUUCCUGUUAACGAAAUCGCCAAUCUUACUUAGAGGAUUAUUGCCUAUAAUAAACUAUAAUCUCUAACCAUAAGUUUUUGGAGAUGUAAUAUUUAGGAGUAAGCUAUUUAAUAAUUAUUAAUUGAUAUUAAAGACUUGAAAAUGCUCUCAACAUUGUAGUUAAACUUUAUAGAAACUUAAAUUGAUAACUCUGGUUGCUUAGAUAUAGCAAAUAACAUUAAAAAAUUAAAGAAUUUAAAGUGCAUUUCACUUUUCGUUUGGGAUAGGAGUAUUUAAUAGAUUAAUAAAGCUUUUACUAAGAAAAGUAUUUUGAAAAUUAAAUAUUUAGUCAAAUGUUUUAUAUUUUUUAAAUGA